UCCUCUUGCUAAAACUCCCUCUUUGAGCUGUGUACGAUUACACCCAGAAAUAAAUGAAUCAGUGAUUCCCCUGAGUGAUUCUUGUGUGAGUUUCUUCAUGGUAUCAGAGCAGGACGAAUCCGGUGCGGUUCCCCUGCGAUUCUGAGCGGAUUUGAGGCCUUCCACGAGGAAGUGGAUCGAGGAUAAGCUGCUGAGGGUGCUGUGCCGCCUGCGCAGAUCGGCCGUCAUGGGUUCGCCGUGGAGCUGCUCCAAGUCGUAGCUGCCUCUGCUGGGUGCCCGUCUCUUUUUUCUGGAGUUCCGUUCUGUACUGGUCCUGCCACCGGCGUGCAUCUGUGAGACAGCGACGCUGGGAUUUGACACUGGCGUGCUUGGGUGUUUGACUGAACUGAAGCAAAAUUCCUCUUCAGCGUUACCUUCCACCUUGGGAUACCAAAGGUACACCAUGCUGCUGUUGCGCUUUGUCUUGUGACUGAUCUAUAAAUACUUUGCCUCUCCUGCCUGUGUGCAUUUGUUAAAAGCUUGUGCUAGUACAUCAAAUUGUCACCGAUUCUGGUACUUAUAUGUUAAUGCAAAAGACAAGUCCUCAUACUAGAAGUGACUAGAAGGCAGUUCAUUGGGGUAUUUCUAAGCUGCGAAUGAUGUCCGAUACAAGCAAGGACAAGUCAGCUGAUUCAAGUAUUGACAAAAUGUAUGAGGUAUUUAGCAAGUUGCUUGAGCAGCAGCAACAAUCCAGAGCACUUCCUGAGGUUGUCAACUAUGCAUUGGAAACCAAUCCAGUGAAGCUAUCAGGCCCUAGCAAUUAUAUCAGUUGGAAGCGUUACGCUCAGUUGAUUCUAAGCUCACACGGUUAUGAAUACUUGCUUGCUGAUGAAGAAGGAAAAACGGAGAGUGGUGACACCUCUGCUAGACAGGUCAAUGACAAAGUUUUGGUCUGGUUAUUGGGAAGUAUGGAGCCUAUUGUGCGGCAACAGGUUGAGAUAAUGACAACGGUAUUUGAGGUAUGGUCCACGCUAGAGAAGCAGUUUUCUGGAAAAUCAAAUAAAAUGCAGGCCACUCGCAUUAUGGGGGAGCUCACUCACCUGAAGCAAGGCACACAAUCUAUAACUGAGUAUGCUGGUGAGAUGAAACGUUUAUACAGGGAUUUGCAUUAUUAUCAUCCUUUUCAGCCUGUUGAUAAGAAGGAUUUAGGUAUUCAUCAUGAAUGGUUUGAGUCCCUUGUAGCCAAGCUUUUCCUUGAUGGACUAAACGAGAAAUUUAAUCUUCGUCGCCAACUCAUCUUUUCUGAAACUGUAUGGCCUAGCCUUGAUGAUAUCAUCUCUAGCGUCCUUGAGGAAGAGACACGGCUGGCUCAACCAAAGGAAGAUUACCUGAAAUACGGGGAAGAUCGUGCAGCUCUGUCUAUGCGACCUCGUCAUGGUGCAAGGCCCUUCAGUAAAUUGGACAAGAGUAAACAAUAUUGUGAUCAUUGCAGAAGAAAUGGACACACAAAGGACAAUUGUUUUGAAUUGCAUGGCUAUCCACCGUGGUGGGGUGAGAAAGGGAGGUCACGAACAUGGGGAGUUCAAGGACCAAGUAAAAGACAUGCUAGUCAUGUUGCAUCUCUACAGGAGCAACCUGUAGUAGAUAUUCGAGAUCUUGACGAGUUUAGUUCCAAGCUUCGACUCUCAGAAGGCUCUCCUUCCUCCCAGGGUGUAUCCAAAGCUGAAUCUGGCCUUAUUGACACUUCACUUCACCCAGGAGCUAGGGACAGGGAGAUUGUUGGGGACUGGGACCGAGCAUGAGGGGCUUUACUAUCUUGAUAAAGGAAGUGAUGAAGUUGCCCUUGCACUUGCAUCAUGUUUGUCUCCAAGCCAAGAAUUGUUGUUGCAUCAUCGCAGGCUUGGACAUCUUUCUUUUGCUGCCUUAUCUCGUGUUUAUCCAAAUUUGUUUAAGUCAUGUCCUAGAGAGUUGUUGGUCUGUGAUGCAUGUGAACUAGCUAAACAUACUAGGGGUACAUAUCCUAGUAGUGGUAUGAGAAGCAAGAAACCAUUUGAAGUAAUCCAUUCUGAUGUCUGGGGACCCUGUGAGGUGCACUCAAUUUCUGGACAUCGAUGGUUUGUGACUUUCAUUGACUGUUUUAGCCGGUAUACUUGGCUUUAUCUUCUGAAGCGUAAGAGUGAUGUUUUUUCUGUC